AUGAUAUUUUCAGAUGAUGAUUCACCACCAAAUUCACAUUUAGAUGCAGUGUCACCACCUAUUCUAAACUCUUUUUUCUUUGGUGGUGGCGGACGUGCAUCUAUUCCUUCUCCCAAUAGCAGUGUCAACCACCACCACCACCACCAUAGCGGUGCAAACAGCAAGUCUUGGUUCUCAAGUGGAAAGAACAACAGCAACAGUAGUACCAGUGUUCAGCAAAACAAUAGUGGUGCAGUCGACAAGAAACAUAUAUAUACAAUGCUAAGUUCAAAGCAGAAUCAACUAAAGAUUGACCAACACGGUUUAAAGUCACUGUUGAAACAGAUGAACAAUAAUAACGGUGGAGGAGGUGGUGAUCUUUACGGUGGGAAUGGCGCGAAUGACCCUGAUUAUGGUGAGGAGAUGGAGGAAUUCGAUGUGAAAACAAAAUAUUACUACAAACCUUACACCUACAACUCACCGUCACCCAGCCAAUCUCUGAGUAGAAGUAACAGCUCCGAUAUCAAUACUUUAGAACAUCACAGCAACGGCAACAAUCAUUAUAGCGAUGUGACAAACACUGCUUCAUACUACCACCACUCAUCAUCAUCACCGAAAACCAAUAAAUCCUCACCUUACUACGGAUCGGUGACAACUUCGCCAUUCACAACCACAACCAACGGCAGUGUUUCACUUGCCGAUAAGCGCAUUGGAAAUUACUCGCCACUGAUGUCGUUCAUAUCGGAGCAUCCAUUGGAUGUCGACAAUGACAGUGAGUUGGAAGAGGAGCUACUGAUGGCCAUAUCCGAUGAACAUGACCACAAUUGCAAUAAUAACAGCAACAACAACAACAGUAAUAAUAGCGAUAAUAAUAUGAUGAAUGAAGACGGCACCACCACCACGACAACAACUACGACAACUACGAACAGCAGCGGCGCCAACAAUUACACUACGUGUCAACGUUGCCGUCAUGAAAUGGAGAAUGGCAACUAUCCAAACUCGGAAUCACACUCGUCACCACCAUCAUUCAGCUUGCUAGAGUUUAUCAGUCAGCAAUGGUCGAGCAUCUCUAGCAAAGUAUCGAUGGUGGCAAUCAAUGAAUCGGGCAACUCUCAGUCCAACGAACACAUGAGCACAGUCAAAUCAAUAUCUUCAAUCACAACCUAUCUCUUUAAUCAAUAUAAAAAGUUGGUAAAGAGAAAACCAAACUAA